UAUCUCAGGUACAUACCUACCCUACCUACCUACCUACCUAGGUACCUAAGGUAGGUAGGAGUAGGUAACUUGCGAUGAAACGUGCUGCUUGUCGGCACUCUAUAAUAAACCAACUAGCAACUAUACGUUCACCUCCACGACAGCGACUUAUAUCCUCGGCUUCUAAAGUUCCCCCCCAACCUAACAAAAUGCCUAACACAUACAUCGUCACCUGCAAGAAGGAUGCCACCCCGGAGCAGGUCCAGGCUGCGAAGCAGCAUGCCAUCGAUCAGGGCGGCAAAAUCGGCCACGAAUACUCCCUAAUCAAGGGCUUUUCUGUCACGUUCGACAGCGACUCCAUCAGGACUCUCGAGGAGCAUGAGCACAUUGAUGCAGUUGAAGCGGAUCAGGAAGUCAAGCUCUACUAGACUGGUUUUCCGAUUUUGGUCCUUUGACCCCGUCAGCUUGGCGCGAUGAUUACGGGCGGCUGUCUUAUGUACUCGGUUUUUCGUUACUGCGUCUUUGAACCCCACACAGCCGAAUAAUGGAAAUCAAUUUCU